GCGCCGUCCGCUCUCUUCCCAUUCGGCGGCCGUCGCGGGUGACUUGCAGCCUGCCACGGGGCUCGGGUCGGCGAGUUCUGGCCUCUCGACCCGGGGCCGAGCGGGAAAACGAAAGCGCCUGGUUCGGCUAAAGGCGGCGAGGAGCGCGCGCUCGCUGGCCCGGGGCGCGCCCGCCCGAGCACCGCCCGCGCCCGCCCCCGGGCUCCUAUAAGUUUCGAUUCUCCCCGGAGCAGAGUCCCGCGUCUGGGCGGGAGAGCGCAGCGCGCCAUGGCGGACCCGGAGGUGUGCUGCUUCAUCACCAAAAUCCUGUGCGCCCACGGGGGCCGCAUGGCCCUGGACGCGCUGCUCGAAGAGAUAAGGCUCCCGGAGGGGCAGCUCCGCGAGGUGCUGGAGGAGGCUGGGCCCGACCGCUUCGUGCUGUUGGAGACAGGCGGCAGGGAAGGGAUCACCCGGUCCGUGGUGGCCACCACGCGAGCCCGGGUCUGCCGUCGUAAGUUCUGCCAGAGACCCUGCGAAGACCUGCACCUCUGCAAGCUCAACCUGCUGGGUCGGUGCAACUAUUCACAGUCGGAUCGGAAUUUGUGCAAAUAUUCUCACAAUGUUCUCUCAGAAGAGAACUUCAAGGUCUUGAAAAACCAUGAGCUCUCUGGACUGAACAAAGAGGAAUUAGCUGUGCUCCUCCUCCAAAGUGACCCAUUUUUUAUGCCUGAGAUAUGCAAAAAUUACAAGGGAGAGGGUCGAAAAGUGAUUUGCGACAAGUAUCCACAGUGUGAAAGGCUCCACGUCUGCGAGCACUUUACCCGAGGGAACUGUGGCUACACCAACUGCCUCAGGUCCCAUAACCUGAUGGACAGAAGGGUGCUGGCCAUCAUGAGGGAGCACGGGCUCAGCUCCAGCGUGGUCCAGAACAUCCAGGACAUCUGCAACAGCAAACACAGCCCAAAGAAACACGCCGGGCACAGAGGUCCUCCGGCCUACCGCAGAGACCCGGCCUCCCGGGGGAGAAGCAAGAGCAGAGACCGGUCCUUUCAUGGCAGCAUGGAAUUUCUUCCAUCGGCUUCAGCCUCUACUCAGAAGUCCUGCACGGCUGCUGCAGAUCAGAUCGGCCACAGGCUUCCCCAGGAGGACGUGUCUGUAGAGGACCUGGCCCACAAGUUCGUGCAUCUGGGAAGUCAGGAUGGCCCUCAGCCUUCCCCUGUCCCGCCUCAGACGGAUCAUGUCAGAGGAAGAGGUCAAGUGGGAGGAAGCCAGCGGUUUUCGGAAAAUGGCCGCCCAAAGGAUCUGUUUUAUGGGAAUCAAGGUAGCGUUUACCUCCCUUCCGAUUCAAAGCCUGCUUCCAGCCGGAAGGGCCCUGCAUCGUGGCUGAAUGGCAAAGGCACCGGGAGAGAGAGUUUGUUUUCCCAGAGCCAGGCUGCCCCUGGCUCUCCUCCCGAUCCCACGAAGGCCAGGAAGAACACAGGCCUGCUCUCCUCUGACAGUGUGAGCGCCGAGGGCAGAAGCGGGAAGCAGAAUGUCCAGUAUGGCCCGCUUUUUAGUAAUAAUGUUGAUGGAACUGCCGCAGAUACAACUUCCACAAGAUCUUUCAGUUACAAAACUGCAACCAGUGGACAGAGGGAAAAAUCGCUACCUAGGAAUCGGGACGCCGGAACCACUCAUGGUAAUGUCCAGACCACUGGCAAAGUUGCAGGUGGUGACGACCCUGCCGUGGCAUCUGUGAAUGGUCAAUGCAAAGAGAAGACAGUGUGGGCUAAUCACUCUGUCCACGGCACACCAAAUGACUCCAGUCAAGUUGUGGACGAAACCUCCAGAGUCAGUAAAACCGGGGCCACUGGUUUUGACUUCACAUUGCCAUUCAGAGGGGAUAAAAAUGCGCCGUGCUUUGGAAGUCAGAAUCUGGAAGGCCAGGUCAUGCCGACACCUUGGGAGACCACUGUCCCCACACCACAAGUCCGUACUCCGUCCAAGGUGCCAUCCUCUACAUCCUCCUCAAGUGACAGAAGCGCAGCGUAUGCAAGUCAUGGUCAGAACUCUGCCCCCGUCUUGGUUAGCCCUGCCAGUGACCUUGCGAGGACCCCGAGGUGUGCUCCAUAUUUUGCAUCGGACGUUGAGAGCACCAGCUCUUCCAGGAUGGCUGAUUGUGGCUCAAAGGAAAUUUGUCUUGACCAUCUGUGUAGGGGCUGUCAAGUUGAAAGCUGCAACAAAGUUCACUUCCACCUGCCCUACCAGUGGCAGAUGUGGCUUGCAAACACCUGGAUCGACCUCCAGCCCAUGGAGAAUAUUGAGAAGGCCUAUUGUGACCCCCAAAUCCACACCUUUUCUAUUGGAGAUAAAAACAUCGAUUUCCAGAAAAUGACUUGUAAUUUUAAUCCUAUCCGACGCAUAUCCACGCCUUCGUCUGUCAUAGCGCUGACGAAUUUUGUCUUCGCCACGAAAUGGAUUUGGUACUGGAAGAGUGAAUCGGACAAAUGGAUUGAAUAUGGAGAAGAGGCUGACAGUCAGCAGGCUUCUAGCAUCGACUCUUCCUACCUGGAGUCCUUCUUUCUGUGCCAUCCCAGGGGUGUUGUGGCAUUUCACGCGGGCUCCCGGAACUACGAGCUGAGUUUCGCGGGCAUGAUUCAGACAAACGUAGCUUCCAAGACCCAAAAACGUGUGGUCAGAAGGCCAAAAUUUAUGUCGUACAAGGACGUGGAGCAGAUUAAAAGUGGGUUCAAGUAUCAGCUGGCACCGACCCCGUCAGACUCUUUACCCUCGGCACUGCUUCCUCAGUGGGACUUUGGCUCUGGUGGCUAUGAGCUGUUAGAGAUCGAUAGUCGGUGUCCGGAAUAUGCCAUGAUAGGUGACUAUUUUAAAGCUUCCAUGAAAAAUUUCAAGAUCGAAAAGAUAAAGAAGAUCAAGAACACAAAGCUCUUGAGUACUUUUGAAAGGAAAAAAAUGAAGAUGAACAACAGAAUGGAAAAAAUCCUGUUUUAUGCGAUAAACCGCAUCCAUCUGGAGUCUGUCUGUAAGAAUAAUUUUGACUGGAUCUUACAUGGAACUGGUGAAGCCAAAUAUGGAAAAGGCAUUUACUUCACUAAAGAUGCCAUCCAUGCCCAUAAAAAUUGCCAGUGUGAUACCAGAAACAUCGUUAUGUUUGUAGCUCGAGUCCUGGUUGGAGAUUUUACUCAAGGAGAGAUGGGAAGCGUUAGCCCUCCCCCACCGCCGUAUGACAGCUAUGUGGAUAUAAGGUUGAAUCCCUCCGUUUUUGUUAUCUUCGAGAAAGAUCAGAUUUACCCAGAAUAUGUGAUUGAAUAUACUGAACUAGACAAAGCCUGCGUGAUUAGUUAGGAAUGAUGAAUACAGUGUCAUAAAGAAGGGCAUCACCCUUCUGUUCGCUUACAGAGCCAGAUUGCCCCAGAUCGUAACAUUUUUACAUUUCUCAUCUAGUUAUCAAACGCCUUAGAUCAGUGGUUCCCAAACUUUGCUCCACAUUUGAAUUGUCUGGGAAGCUUUUUAACAAGUCCAGUGUUCAGAUCGUACCCCAUGCCAACUUAAUCACUGUUUCUGGUGUGAGAGCUUGGGCAGAGGUAUUCUUUAAAAUCCCAAGGAUUCGAAUGUGUCCUAGAGUUUGGGAACCACUGUCUUAAGGUAUAACUGGGAACGACGGAUUUCUAAAACGUCUGUAGCAAGUUUCUCUCCCAGCUCCUCUUCGUUUACUGUAGGACAUGGUUUGGUUUUGGUUAUGUUGAAAGAAAAGUAAUUUGGGCAAUUUGAGAGAAAUCUAAAAAUGCCUGUGGAAGUAAGGACAUAAGACCGUACUGCCUUGGAUAGAAGAUUAUGGAAAGUUGUGGGGGGAAUUUUUAGGAAAGUCCAGGGGUGGGGGGUGGGGGGGAGAAAAGGUAAUUUAAAUACCAUCACGGAUGUAACUGUACUAUACCUUUGUGGUAAAACCGAAUUGGGGCACACAUUUCUUUAUCUCUACGUUCAUUUAGGGGCUCCAUUCACGUUGGUUCUCUGGAAUGCAAUGAAAAGAGCCGCAAAGUGGGGCUCAGAGAGAAGCAGCCAGCUGGAGUUAAUUGCCCAUUUGGGUUCUUUAUAUAAUUGUAGCAGAGUAGACAUUUAUAUUCUAGUAUAUGAUUAUAGAGAAUGUUUUCAGGUUGCACUUUGAUGAAAUGUCUGUGUUGUGGGGGGUCUGAGUUGCAGUAACCAGACUCACAGAAGCAUGACUAAUAAACCUGAGUGUUCUUGUAGUCGUUCGCUGUAGUGAGUGAGGCUCACCGUGGAAUUAGGAGCCAGGCCAUCCCUACUGAAGGAUGGGCCCCUUAAGGAGACAAGAUUUGUUUCUGGGUGAGCACGGAAUCCGAACAAAGAGAACAAUGCCUCAAACAGGUCUUACACCUGUAAGGGGCUUCUUUUUUACUAAAUAUCACGGAUUGUAUGGAAUUGAAGUACAAUCAGUUUUUAAAGCAGUUGAGGUUCCUGGACCAAGAUUUCUUUCCUUCUUAGGAAACAGAUUUUUCCUUUCAGUUUUUCUUUUCCACAUUCUGUACCAUUCACCAAAAUUUCCUGUUCAUCUCCUGCCAGCAGACAUGUUAUAAAAGUUAAUUAGCAUUAGAGGUAAUUUUAUAUUAGUCAGAUAGUAGAUCGGUACAAUCUGUACUGUAGGUUGUACAAUCAGAACAGUCUACAAUGUGGUAGAUCCACAACCCCUUGGUAUAA